CUUUAAACCCAUCAAAACCUUUUUCUUUGUAUAUUGAAUACCGAGUAAUAAAAAUAAGGGGUAUUGUAGAAAAAAAUAAGAAGCGUUGCAGAUGGGUGAGAAGAGGGGUUCUUCGUCAGUGAAGAAGGCGCGGCUGUUGGCGUGGGUGAGGAAUCGGUCGGUGAAGGUGAAGAUCUUGUUGGGGGUGGUGGCGGCGUUGGCCGCUCUGGUGGCUCUUAGACUCUCCGUCAAGGAUCGGAACCACUUCUUUGUCGCCGCAGAAGCCAUCCACUUCGUCGGAAUAUUGGUCCUGAUUUACAAACUCAUCCGCAAGAAAACUUGCUCCGGGUUGUCACUCAAGUCUCAGGAGCUCACAGCUCUAUUUUUAGGUAUAAGAUUGUACCUCAGCUUUAUUAUGGAAGCUGACAUACACACCAUGCUCGAUUUCGUCACGCUUGUCUCAACUUUGUGGGUUAUAUACAUGAUCAGAUUUAAGUUGAAGUAUACGUAUAUGGCGGAGCUAGACAAAACACCCAUAUCCUACAUAAUUGUGCCUGCAACAAUUUUAGCUGUGUUUGUCCAUCCGUACACUGUUAUUAAUUUAAAAAUCCAUAGAAUGGCAUGGGCAUUUUGUGUGUACUUGGAAUCUGUCACGGUGCUCCCCCAGCUCCGCGUGAUGCAAAAAGCUAAGCUUAUUGAACCGUUUACGGCCCAUUAUGUGUUUGCUUUGGGCGUGGCAAGAUUUCUUGAAUGUGCUCAUUGGAUCAUUCAGAUAUACGAGUCUGGUGGAAGUUACUUGUAUUUAGUUGGAAGUGGAUAUCUUUGGGUACCCGCUAUAUAUGUAGCAGAAAUGGUUCAAACGUUUAUUUUGGCAGAUUUUUGCUAUUAUUAUGUCAAAAGUGUUGUAAGUGGAAAACUUCUCGUCACCCUCCAAUCACCAGUCUAAGAUUGUACGUGACAAUAUCUUAGAGUUAUAUAUGUUGGCAAUUGUAACAUUUGCUCGUGUUUUAUUUAUACAUGAUUGAUCAAUAUAGUUUGUGUUUCUUUUGGAUGUAGCAAAAACAUGUACUUGAUCUUAUUGAAAUGGAAUAUGAGUCAUGAUA